AUGGCGGAGCCUCCUGGGGACUCGCCGUCGCCGCCCGAGCGACCGUGGCCUGAGGAGGGCCCCAAGCAGCCGCCUGCGGAGGACCUAGAGCCCCAAGAGGUCCCUCCGUGGCUUCCGGAGCCGGCAGGAGCUCCCUAUGAGUACCAGGACCCCUACCAAGAGCAAGACCAAGGAGGAAGUGCCUACCAGCCUCCCCCGCUGGGGCAAGAGCCCUAUCCGCCGCAGGCCCCAGAGCAGUACUUCUAUCAGCUCCAGGAGACAGAACAAGACCCCUAUGAGGUAUCAGGAAUAGGCGAUGAGCAGAGGUACGCACUGGGGCAAGACUCGUAUCCGGCUGAGGAGCCAAGCCAAGGCGCGUAUGAGUCAUAUGCACCAGGAUUAGACCCUUAUCAAAGAUAUGAUCCAAGAAACGGCUACGAGACACACGCAGUACGAGAUCCCUAUCAAGUCUAUGAGCCCGGGCAUGGCCCCUAUCAACCACAUGAACCAGGUUACGGUCUCUACGAGACAGGAUACAGCCCUGAGGAUAAGCAGAUAUCAGAACCUAGUGCCCAAAUGCUGGCAGUUCAGAAUGCAAAAGCCUAUCUGCAGAAGAGCAGCACAGCGUCCGGCCUGAACCUAUACGAUCAUCUUGCUAACAUGCUAACAAAGAUCCUGGAUGAACAGCCCAGAAAUGUAGUGGACAUAAUUGAGAAUAUCAGCAAGGAUGUGAAAUGGUCCCAGUUUCAGAAAAAAAUGGAUACUCUCCGUGAUGAGCAUGAGAUUCUUCCAACAUUUGAAGUUGCAGAAAAGCGUAAAGCUUUAUUCCUUAAGGCACAUGGAGAAGGAGAUGAAGAGCUAGAAGAUGAGAUAGCAGACACCCCACUACCCAAUGUGAUGGAAACAGCCUUUUAUUUUGAACAGGCUGGAAUUGGCUUGAGCAAAGAUGAAACCUAUCACAUAUUCCUUGCUCUUAAACAACUAAUUAGUGUUCAGCCAAUCCAAACGUGUCGCUUUUGGGGCAAGAUUUUAGGCCUGGAGAUGAACUACAUUGUAGCUGAAGUUCAGUACCAUGACAGGGCAGAGGAGGAGGAAGCAGAAGAAGAAGAAGAUAAUGAGGAAGGAAAGAAAGGGACGGAUGAGGAAAAAGGAGAUGAAGAUGAAGAGAAAGAAGAUGAUGAUGAACCACCACAAUCCACCUACAAGCCCCCACCUGUCAUCCCAAAAGAAGACACUGGCACUGGGACUAAUAAAUAUAUCUACUUUGUCUGCAAUGAGCCAGGCAAACCCUGGGUGAAGCUGCCUCCGGUGACUCCAGCACAGAUUGUCUGUGCCAGGAAGAUCAAGAAGUUCUUCACUGGCAGGCUGGAUGCUCCUGUUGUGAGCUUUCCCCCUUUCCCUGGAAACGAGGCCAAUUACCUGCGUGCACAGAUAGCUCGGAUCUCAGCAGGAACCCAGAUCUGCCCCAUUGGAUUUUACCAGUUUGGAGAGGAAGAAGGAGAUGAAGAGGAAGAGGGGAUAGGAGGAAGAGAUACAUACGAAGAAAACCCUGAUUUUCAGCCUCUUUCUGUGGUUGAGAUGGUGGAUUCCCUCUCCAUGUGGGUACACCAUACGCAGCAUAUUCUAAAGCAGGGUCGCUGUGUUUGGCUUAAUCCUUUCCAAAAAUCAGAGGAAGAAGAAGAAGGAGAAGAGGAGGAAAAACCAGAGGAGCCAGAUGAAAUACAGCAAGAAAUAGGACCUCCUCUUCUCACUCCGAUCUCUGAAGAUGAAGGAAUUCAAAAUGUCCCUGCUUGGACAGCUCAGUUUUCCACAAACCUGGUGCCUCAAUAUGCUGUUGCAAUCAUUCAGUCUAAUCGAUGGCCAGGAGCAUACACCUUUGCAUCUGGCAGGAGAUUUGACAAUAUCUACCURGGCUGGGGUCACAAAUACAGCCCAGAAAACCACACGCCCUCGCUGCCUCCGCYGGUGCAAACAGAGUAUCCUAGCGGGCCGGAGAUCACCGAGACCAACGACCCCAGCGUGGAGGAGGAACGAGCUCUCCAGGCUGCCCAGGAAGAAGCCUUAGCUGCAGCCGAGGAAGAGGAAGAGGAGGAGGAAGAGGAUGAGGAUGAUGAGGAAGAGGAUGAUUGAUGUCCAASAAAAAGCUUUAAUUUCGAGUGUUUGAGCAUUAGUAGUAUUUUAAGAAGUUAGUCAUAAAUUAGUUGAGUGUCAGCUUCUGGAGGCUUCUCUUUGCAGGCUGCCUCUCUGCUGCUUGGCACCUGCCCUGGCAGGAAGAUAAGAUACUAAAGUAGCCUUAUUUUUCGAGCAC